AGCAAUAAACCCCAUGAAAAAGCAGUAACAGCAAUCCUCCUCUUUAACAUUUAAGAGAAUGUUAAAUGCUAGAUUCUCACAUAUCUCCUAAACGACCUAAAUCUCAUCCGCUGUCAAAUACAAAUGAUGAUCACCAGAGUGAAUUCGCGUCACUGCCACGGAAAUGACAUGGAUCACUCCCGAGACCUCUGGAGAUGUGUGACAUAACAGGGGGAUGCUACAUAAAGAGGUCCAGGUGUUUUUUCAGAAGACAACAGAAGAACCAGGGAGUGACUGCGUGAGAUUUGAGUGAAUCUUUCUGAUAGCACCUCCAAGCCACCAUGAGAGUCCUGCUCUUGCCUCUACUGCUGCUGUGUGUGCUGGCUGUUGGCUGGGCUGAGCCCCAGGAAGGCGUGAGGGCUCUGAGGCUGUGCGGACGGGAGCUGCUGAGGGCUGUGGUGUACACCUGCGGGGGCUCCAGGUGGAGACGGUUCCCUGCUGGUGAGGACUCACCUGAUGGCAAUGUGGACCAGUAUGGGCUGAGCACCCGGAUGGCAGAGAGGAGGAGACGAGACCUCAGUGGAUCCUUGAUCAGGCUGUGCUGUCAACAUGGCUGUAAUAAGAGUGACCUCUCUGCCUUGUGUUGAGGAUAAGACUUUUUCCCAUAUUUGGAUGGCUUCAAUGAAUCAGCAAAACAUCAUGACAGUGGCAAUGCCUUUUCCUUCACAGAACAUAUGUACAAUAAAUCCUCAAUA